GAAAUGUGUUGACAGCUUUCACUGCAUUUCUACACACGAGCCACCAGCCAGUGGAAGAAGCAAAAGCAAGCCAAACCAACCAAGCCAAGCAAGCCAAGCACAAGAGCAUCAACACCACCACCAUGUCUUCCUCCUUGCAGACGCUGCUUCGCUCGCUCGGCGAGGCCAGGCUUCGUCAAGUGCCAAGCUGGGCGAUGCAGAACAUCAACAAGGAGCGCCUGACCACUAUCCUGUCCGAAGCAGCAACAUCUUACGGCCGCAAGUACUUCAACAAGGGCAAGGGCGCGCCCGUCGCUCAUGUCAUGAUUGCGCUCGGCCUCAUCGGUUACGCCAUCGAGUACCCCCAUCUCAAGGAGAGCCAACGCCAGAGGAAAUACCACUAGGCAGGAGAAGGGACCAUGCGGAUGUGAUGUCGCGGUGUUUUUUUUACGUUCACUCGGUGCCUCGCCCUACCGUGGAGAAGACGUGACACAGCCUGUUGCCCGCUCUAUUGUGCACGUAGCGGCGCGGUUAUGCGCCCAGUGCGCGCGUGCUUGGAUGUGUACGUGUGUUUGUGAGGGUGCGGGCGUGCUUGUCACUUUGCCGUGCUUUCACAGUGGCUGUCUCUUUGUGUUAAGUGGCUUUUUCGUGUUGUGUGCUGAUGCUCACUGUUCCGUUCGUUGGCGGUCGGUGAUUGUGUGUUAGACGUUGUCAGUCGUUUAUGUGACCAUUACAAUACAUGCUCGUCAAAGUUGUG